GCGCUGCCAGAAGUCGUACCUCUGGUGGCCCAAGACGGAGAAGGUGAAGAACGGCCAGAAGGUCCCCAUUGGCAAGGAGUGCGGCUUCUGCAACUACGUGCGGAAGAAGUAUUACCCAACAGGUACCUCCCAGGCCGACGUCAACGAGGCCAAGUCGACGGCCGAGGGGGGAGCCCGCCGCGAGAUGCUCAGGGAGGACAGGGCGUCGGGCGCCAACAAGAUGCAGGCCAAGGAGGCGGCGAACAUCAAAGCCGCGACAGUUACUGGACAGAGAGCCUUCGAUGAAGCGUUCGCUGAAGGCACAUUCGAACCGUUGCGGUCGUUCGCCAGCGAUCGCAACCUGGAUUUCGACUCGGAGGAGGAGCUCGUGCACUACAUCGCGCAUUCCUUGGGCUUCCAGUGCGGGCCAGGCAAGUACGGCGACUACGGCGUCUUCGUCGCGGAGGGCCCGAAGGGCAGCUACCGGUUUCGCCGUGGCCUGGCGGAUCUCAGCGAGAUCCACAAGAAGGAGAGCCAUGAGAACGGGGAGGACGCGGAGGAGCAGCACGCUGAGAACUCCAAGAAGAUCGUCGGUGACUUUCGGACGGCCAGGCUGAUGGGCACGAAGACAGGGGGCAUCUUGUCCAGCUCCUCAGAUCUGUCGUCACGCGGAAGCCACUGCCCGAGCUUCGACUUCCCGCCGAGUGCGGCUGCAGGUGCUCAGGCGCACCGUGGCGACGCCGAUGGCACCAGCUCGCUCCUCAGCGUGCAGUCGCGCCGUCGCUCCGUCCGAGCCCCGACCGAAGGCUCGCCUGCGACGCCGUGCUUCAGAUCCAAGGCGGCGCCCACCGUGACUGACAAGAAGAAGAAGCUCAGAGUGAGUGACGGCGCCGUCGAUGCGGGCAGGAAGCUCUUGGAGGAGGUCAAGGAGAAUUGGACGUGCGAUAUUCUUUGGAACAAGAAGUACAGGGCCAGAGACUUCGAGAACCUUUUGACCAUGAUUUCGGCGAAGGCCUCGAAGGUAUCGACGGUCAUGGGCGACGAGUCUGCCGCGUCCAUCGCCGAGGACCUCUUCCAGGCGAGCGUGGACCUCGAGGAGUCGCGGGCUUUCGUCGCCAAGUUGAGGGAUUCGCCAGAGCAGGUGGUCGACGACAUUGGGAAAAGGGGCGCCUCCUUCAUCAAGAACGUGGACGACCCCACGAAGGCGAACAUCUUGUCCACGACGAUGUUCGCGCUGCUCGGCAGCAAGUCCGUGGAGACCCAAGCGCUCGGAGUUCGGCUAGCUCGAUUCCGCGAUGAUCCAGGUGCCCUCUCGAUUGCGAUCCUGCGCGAUGCGCCCGCGGAGUUCCAGACGACUUGCCAACAUAAUCCCGUGCAGGCGUUCACGGACAAGCUCAUCAAGAAGGGUUCGCAGCAGGAGUUCAUGGACGUCAUGAAGGCAGCCGAUGCCACCAUCGGCCCGUGCGACAUGGACAGCAUCGACCCCAGCAUCCCGCAGAUCGAUAAGCUCCCGCGGUCGCUCAAGAAUCUUGGAACCCAGCUGACCAACAACAAGGAUAAGUUGAGCAGCCGCCUCCGCGUGUGCAUGCGCGUGAGCGCAGGCACCGUGAACUGGGCUAAAGCAGGCCGGGAUCGCUUGUCAUCGGCGUCGGGUGCGGGAGAGGCCAACGUCACCACUUUCGGAGAUGAUGCGUUCAAGUCCGUGAGCGCGUUCGUCGCGUGCAUCAGCGACAUGUGCCACAGGUGCGAUAAUCAAGAAGGGCCUGUUGCCGUCUGGGCGCUCCUGUCGGGGUACAUGUCCGACGACGCGGUCAUGGAGAACAUCCAGGCGCUAGCGAAGUACAUCGACGGCCUCGACGACACUGGCGAGACCAAGGAUGGCGAUGACAAGAUCCUGGCGCUCAAAGACCGCGUGAGAUAUAUAUUGUAUGAGUCAAUUGGCAUGGCGAUGGGCUUCUUCAACUACUUCUCCAUGGACAUCGACGGGAUCUAUACUGGCAACGAGGGCUUCGAAGAUGCCGACGCCGACGCCGACGCCGGUCCAUUCAGGGUGCUGUCCAAGCUCGCGUGGGUCAUCUUGUUGUUCGAUGUCCCCCCCGCGGAGCGGAACACGAUCAAGGAGAUGAAGAGUCGGUGCGAUCUCAUUGUUUCGGCGAACGAGGUCAAGAUCCAGAGCGCAUCCAAGCCUAUGGAGAGCGGCAUCGUGAUGUGGAGCGAGGUCUGGCAGCAGGAGUCAUCCAUCUCAUGUUCGCCACGUUUGCCUGAAGCCUCGCGCGGUGCGUUGCCCUUCCAGGAGUUCAAUGACCGCAUGGCUUGCCGCCCAGUCAGUCGGCCGAUCGUGGACUACGUGACGCGCGCCGCUGCCUCGGACGGUUGUUCCAAGAUGACCCCGAAGUUCGUGCAGGUCGCAGUGGAUCUCAAGCACGUACUGCCCGUCGACGUCCAGACUCACGUCACGGCGUGCCAAGCCUACAACUUGAUCAAGGGCGCGGCCUCAUCUGCCCUGGUCGGCAAAAUGAUCGGCUGCAUGCAGGCGACUUCCGUCUUGAAGAGCUUCGAGGGUCUGCGCAGACCGAUCGCCGACAAAGCAGAGGUGGGCGAGUGGCGUGAGGUGAUCAUCAAGGAGUGGGGCGCUCGCUUCGCUGAGUUGCUCAAGAAGCUGGACUGCGAGCCAGCGCAGAAGUUCGUGGACAAGUACGGCCCCGCGGGUGAGGACAUCAUGUCGGCGAUCAGCGCCUGGACGUUCCACGAGGCAGGUAGCCCGAAGACGUGGCUGGCCUCUUCGGCGAGGGACUUGGCGCGGGAGCAGCAGUUCAAAGCGGUGGAAUUCUUCGUGUCCUCGCUGCCCACGUCCGAGCGCACCGUCGAGGAGCUCAAGAUGGCGAAGUCGUCAUUGACGUGGAUGAGCCCCCUGCAGGCCGCCCAACUGGACGAGCUGGUCACCGCCGUUCCCGUGGCCAAAGACUUGGCCAAGACGGCCACCCUCAUCAUGGCCAGCUGCGUGAUGACGAACAGCAUCCUCACGAAGAUCGGCAAGGCCGAGACGAAACGCUACGUGCUGGAGAAGCUCGCGGUCAGGAAGGCCGACCUCCCCGAGAAGCUGGUGGCCGCGAUGGGCGCCUCGCCCGAGGAGUCGUCCGCGUGCGCCGACGCCGGCGCGGCGCCAGGUGCCGCGUCGGAGCCCGCCCCGUCGCUCGAUGGCGCGGCCGCGCCGAAGCCCAAGGGGUCAUUCAAGGCCCCCAAGUUGCCGCCAAAGAAGGCCGAAUGA